AUGCCAUCCUUUAAGGCUAUUACUGAUGCAAGAAAAUAUGUUGUUGCCGGAGGAUCAAAGCAGGGAUUAAAAGUGGCACCUUCGCCCGCGAAAGCCGGAUCAAACCAGGUAUCCGACGAGGCACCUUUUCCGGCCAGAGGCGGAUCAAACAACGCAUCCGACGAGGCAGCUGCUCCCACGGUGACAACCUUCAAGUGGAGGAUCGAUGGUUUCUCCUCGCUUCUUGAGAAGGGUCAAGGACUGACCUACUCCAAUGUGUUUCAGAUGAGAGGGUUGAUCUGGUACUUGAAACUAAACCCAAGGGACACAAAAAGUGGUGACCAGAAUGAAUAUGUCUCUCUUCAGCUUAGGCUGGGUCGUGCGAAAUCGGACAUCAACAUGGAGACAACUUUGAAGUUUCUGAUAUAUGACCAGUCAUUUGGAAAACACCAUGAACAUCAAGUUAGCCACAAGUUCCACAGUGAAAGCUUAAGUUGUGGGAUCUCAUGCAUGCUUCCUCUCGCGGUACUGAAGGAAAUUUCCUCUGGAUUCCUUGUUAACAAUAGCUGUGUUUUCGCCGUCGAGUUCAUCACAGCUGUCGUUGCUAAAGAUAACGAUGUGUCAGAGACGUUGUUUGUUCAGAAGACGAAAAACAUCUGCAGUAAACCCCAAGUCUAUACCUGGAACAUUGAGGACUUCUUUGUGUUGAAGAAUCCAAGCGACUCUCCAGAGUUUGAGCUCUGUGGACACAAAUGGUCCAUCAAAAUCUAUCCAUCUGGAGACGAUACGAAUGGGAACCACCUCUCCUUGUACCUGGUCAGGAAGGUAGCGGAUACACUUCACAAGAACUCUGCAAAACUGAUAGAAAGUAGCAUCUCCAUCAAAAACCUUGAAACUGGCAAGCUCUUCACCACAGGAAAAGCUCGGUACCAGUACGCAAAGAAUUUCGACAGUUGGGGAUGGAAGAAGUUGAUAUCGCUGGAAGAUUUCAAGGACCCGGCAAAUGCUUAUCUGGUGAAAACAAAGUGCUGCAUUGUAGUUGAGCUUGCAGUCAUUGGUUCCUCCGAGAUUAAGUAG